GAAAAAAAGCCCAGGACAAACCGCACAGGGAACCGCAAAGGUCGCGGCGACACAGGGGUGCCGCUGCGGGACAGGCGCUGGCUCCCCGCGUGCCGGACAGACUGCAGAUCCUCUCUACAACGAUCCGUGGCCACGGCCGCGCGGGGCUCUGGACCACCCAGGGUUCGGGACCGCGUGGAGCUGCAAGCCACGCUCGUCCCCACCGCCCCUUCCGCCGGGCGCCGGCCCCGCCUCCCUCCCGACUUCCCGCGCGCGGCGGCUGUGCGGGGCGGACGGUGGGAGCGUGGGAUACCCCUCGGAGGAGCGGACGCAGCCUAUGACUUCUACACCCAACAUGAGUGACAUUUCCUGCAAAAAGCGGGAUGACUAUCUGGAGUGGCCGGACUAUUUCAUGGCGGUGGCCUUCUUGUCGGCACAAAGAAGCAAGGACCCAAGUUCCCAGGUGGGAGCCUGCAUUGUGAAUUCAGAAAACAAGAUCGUGGGGAUUGGGUACAAUGGAAUGCCAAAUGGGUGCAGCGAUGACCUGUUGCCUUGGAGAAGAACAGCAGAAAACAAGCUGGAUACUAAAUAUCCGUACGUGUGCCAUGCCGAGCUGAACGCCAUCAUGAACAAGAACUCGGCGGACGUGAAGGGCUGCAGCAUGUAUGUUGCCUUGUUCCCGUGUAACGAAUGUGCUAAGCUCAUCAUCCAGGCAGGUAUAAAAGAGGUUAUUUUCAUGUCCGAUAAAUACCAUGACAGUGAGGAGACGACGGCCGCCAGGCUCCUGUUUAAAUUGGCUGGGGUUACGUUCAGAAAAUUCACACCGAAGUACAGCAAGAUUGUCAUUGACUUUGAUUCGAUUAACAGCCGACCGAGUCAGAAGCCUCAAUGAGUUUCAUCUCGUUAAAGCCCUAGAAGAAGAUGACACCCCCACCACCACACACACACACACACACACACACACACACACACACACACAAGGGGCUCCCCGAACCUUUCAUCUUGAAGUUCCACGUAGCUUUUUAAUACCAUGGCACACAUAGACAUCUAAAGAAUAUAAAACUUUGCAUCCUCGCUACCGUCAUGUGGAUCUAUCAGCUGUUUAAUUUGGAAACUAAGGGACUGCCCAUGGGAGCUGGAGUGAAGGUCUCUCCACUUCCGCAGAGCCUGUCUGCCAACAAUGAAGGUGACUGUACCAGAGAGGGUCAGCUCUGUCAUCCACCGAGUUCCGACAGCCGCUCCUUGCUGCUACACGGGCUAGAAGGACAUACAAAUAAUUGCUUCUCGUUCUUAGCAGGGAUGAGCAGGCACACUGAUGUGAACAUCUGGCCCAAAUGAAGCAUACCCUGUCACGCCCUUGGAAAAACAAAUAGGACCAAACGAAGCUAGCGUGAACAUACACCUGCUGCAGAGUUGAGGAGACCUCUCACCUAUUCACAGGAGGCUGAGGAGGGCCACAGAUGAUCAGUACAAUGUCCCCCUCCGUUCGCACUUUCCUGCCUCACACACAGCAAUAGCACACCAUCCCUCUGGAGGGUAGGGGACCCCCACGGUUCCAGCUUCUUAUCCUUGGUUUGUUGGCCACAUAGCAUUGUUAAAUUUAUCUGAGGAGUAAGUAGUUCCUAGAGGAGACAGCUUAUCACUCCCCCUAGACCAGGCACUGUGUGGUGACAGCUGGAGCUGUAUGGAUGGGUGAUGUGGGAUGUCCCCCAUCCUGUGUCUCCUGCUGUGUGGACACAUGUCACUCCUGUUCUUCGUGCCAGCGUUGUUCAUUUCCAAGGGCAGCCUACAACCAGAGAGUACAUUAAUUGCUGUCCUAUAAGAGGAUUGUGGGAAACUCUGUACCUGGAGAUGGUCCAUACCAGAUCCUCAUUUGUGCCUUCAGCCUCAUGGGCAGCAUCCUCCUGAUGCCCCAUUGUGGGUGGGAGUGCCCCACUGUGUAUUCUGUUUUUAAUUUCAUUUAUAUUCUAGCAAACAUGCUCAGUGUCUUUGAUAAAAUAGUUUCUUUUUUCAUGGGUUUUUAUUUCGUCUCUAAGAUUUUUUUUUGUUUACACUCUGUAUUCUGGAGUACAUUUUUGUAAUUUGGAUCUUUGCCAAUAUUAUUAAAAUUUUAUUAAAAAUCUAACAACACCAAGA